UCCCAGUUUCUGCUCGUUUCUAGUGGCGUAUUUGCGGACGACCUUACGCAGAACGUAACUUGAGCUUGCGGGGGAGCUAGGUAACGACUUGGGUAGCUACCUGGCUAAGCUAGCUAAGAUAGCUAGCCCGUCGGCUAACUCCCAACCGUCGGGUGUCGGUUGCUAGCUGAACUCGUCCAGCCUCACGUACGAGCAGCACCAGAAGGUUUAGAUAGUUAUUGACCCCGGCUUCCUCUUCGGAUUUGAGCCAUUCGUGACAAUUGAACGUUUUACCGACUUUCGUCAGUAUGGCAGACAAAAAAGGGAAGUCUACAGGAGUGAAGAGGGUACUGACAAAGAAGGAGCAGGAGGAGAUCAAGAAAAAGGAGGAAGAGAAGGCUGCUGAAGUUUUUGAGGAGUUCCUGGCAUCUUUUGAUGGCAGUGAAAAGGGCAACGUAAAGACAUUUGUACGAGGGGGCAUUGUGAACGCCACUAAAGAAGAGGAGGCUGCUGAGGUGAAAAAGAGUAAACUCUACAGACCUGCGACAAAAUUCACCCCCCUGCCUCCAAAUGCGUUGCCGGUGCAGUCUGCAGAGCUUCGGAAAAAUGUUGUUAAAAAGAAAACGGAAGAGAAGAAAAAGAGUAACCUGGAACUCUUCAAAGAAGAACUGAAACAAAUCCAGGAGGAGAGAGAGGAGCGCUAUAAGCGCAAGAAGAAUGACCCAGGAGGGGUGUACCCGGACCUGGACCUGCCGAUGACGCGGCGGUCAAUAUUCGAUGACGACCCCACAGUGCCAACUACCACUAACCUCUACAUUGGCUGCAUCAACCCUAAGAUGACGGAGGAGAUGCUGUGUAAGGAGUUUGGCAAGUACGGCCCUCUGGCUAGCGUGAAGAUCAUGUGGCCGCGAACAGAGGAGGAGCGCACGAGGGUGACCAACCGCGGCUUCGUGGCCUUUAUGACGCGUAAGGACGCGGAGAGGGCCCUGGCCGCGCUGGAUGGUAAAACAGUGAUGGGUUUCGAGAUGAAGCUGGGCUGGGGGAAGGCGGUGCGCAUCCCGCCCCAGCCCCUCUACACGCCCGUCGGGGUGCUGAAGACCACCGCGCCCCCACCCCCGUCUGGCCUCCCAUUCAACGCCCAGCCACGCGACCGCUUCCGCAACGACUUCACCAAGCCACGCAGCCGAUCGCAAGAGGACUUCUACAAGACUCUGUACGACGCCGUAGUGACAGUGGUUAUCCCGUCAGAAAGGAGUCUGCUGUGCCUGAUCCACAGGAUGAUCGAGUUUGUGGUGAGGGAGGGGCCCAUGUUUGAGGCCAUAAUCAUGAGCCGGGAGAAGAACAAUCCGGACUUCAGGUUUCUGUUUGAUAAUAAGAGUCAGGAGCAUGUGUAUUACAGAUGGAAGCUCUACUCCAUACUCCAGGGCGAGAGUCCGAGCGAGUGGAAGACGUCUCCCUUCCGAAUGUUCCGGUGUGGCUCUUUAUGGAAACCCCCUGUCCUCAAUCCAUAUCUCCAUGGCGACGAGGAGCAAGAGGAUGGCUCCUCCCCUUCCCAGGAGGAGGAGCUGAAAAAAGGACAGCUGAAGACAGAGCACAGGGAACAGCUGGAGGCCUUACUGAGGGGUUUAACCCCUCGGAGGGUGGAGGUCGGUGAUGCCAUGCUCUUCUGUCUGGAGAGAGCGGAGGCUGCAGAGGAAGUGGUCACCUGCAUCGCGGAGUCCCUCUCCAUACUGCACACACCGUUACAGAAGAAGGUUGCAAGGCUGUAUCUGGUUUCAGACAUCUUGUACAACUCCUGUGCCAAAGUUGCUAACGCAUCCUACUACCGCAAAUACUUCGAGCCCAGGCUGCCUCAGAUCUUCAGUGAUGUCGGCGAGGCCUAUCGGAACAUCCAGGCCAGGCUGCAAGCCGAGCAGUUCAAGCAAAGGAUCAUGGCCUGCUUCCGUGCCUGGGAGGACUGGGCCAUUUACCCAGAAUCCUUUCUGAUCCAGCUACAGAACAUCUUCCUGGGUCUAAUCAAACCAGGAGAGGAAGUGAUCGAAAAUAAAGAGGCCUCUUCACCAGGCUUGGAUGGGGCUCCAUUAGAUGGCACUCCUCUAGAUGGGAUGGAGAUAGAUGGGACGCCUCUGGAUGACCUGGAUGGCUCACCCAUGCCCUGGGAUCCAUCCUCCAUCGACGGGGUUCCCGUGGACGACAUCGACGGGGUUCCCCUUGGCCCCCAGGUGGACGACAUCGACGGAGUGCCGUUGGAUGAGGGCUUGGACAAAACAUUACCCAGUGUGGCGCUGUCCAAAUGGGAAAGAGUGGAUGAUGUUGAGCCUUCAGCCAAGACGGACUCGGAAGAUGAGAGGAGUGAUGGGGACGGCAAGGAGAAUGAGGCGGACUCGGAUGACGAUAGCAGCAGCGACGACGCCAGCAGCCCCAGCAGGUACGAGGGGGCGGAGUUUAAGAGCAGUCUGCGGAACUUCGAGAUGUCCGAGAACAAAAGGACACGCCUCCGAGAGCUAGAGGUGAAGGUGAUGAAGUUUCAGGAUGAGCUGGAAUCUGGGAAAAGGCAGAGGAAAUCCAGUAUGAGCCUACAGCAGCAGAUUCAGCACUACAGAAACAAGUUACUCCAGAAGGAGUUCGAUAAAGAUGAUGAAGAGAAGAAGGACAGGUCGACAAGCAAGCAGAAAGACCAUCUUAAAAAAGAUGAGCGUAGAGACAGAGGAGAGGACAGAAGUAAAGGAAGAGAGCGGGAGAAAGACAGGGAGAGGGAGAAAGAGAGGGAUAGAGAGAGGAGCAAAAAGAACGACGAGCAAGAGAAGAGCAGGGGAAGGAGCAGAGACGAGGAGGAGAGGAGAGAGAGGACCAGAUCUCGAUCACCGCGGAAGUCAAAGCGCUCGCGAUCUCCGUCGCCACAGCGCAAGUCCCGGAGGUCAUCAUCCAGAUCGCCCCACCGCUCUCACAAGAAAGCGAAGAAGAGCAAACACUGAACUCUGACCUUUUGACCUCUGUGACCUUUAUUCCUGUUUCUGAAGCAGCUGAGUGGACAGCACCCACAAACUGCUGUUUUUUCUCUCUCCAACACCCCCCCCCCCCCCCCCCCCCCCACACACACACACAUAGAUGCUUUUCUCCCAGUGAUUCAGUACUGGACUUGGCCAACAACUGCUGUCUGUUUAUUUCCUGUGACUGCUCAACUCUCAAACAAAUUCUCCAGCUACAUUUUUGUAAAAUGAAGUUCGAGCAUUUAUUUGUACAGUUCUCUUAAUUUAGUUUUGUUUUUAAAAGUCCCUCUUUGAAGAAAUCUACUCUAGGAUUGGUUCCCCCCCCCCCCCCCCCAACAAAAAAAAAAACAACCUUUACAAUAAACAGCUCUUGGCAGUAACUGGUGGGGAGGGUAUGAUUUGUGUUAUUCGGCCAGGAAUCUGAUCUGGCUAAAGAAAAACUGAACUUGGGCACACUAUCUUAAAAAAAUAAUGAGUCAGCAUGCAAACAACAAACGGGUCAUACAACAGCAGCCUGAAGCUGUGGAGGGCAGGGAGCGCCUCUCAUGUUACUGCACAGUCCAACGUCUCCCUUCAGUAGCAGACUGUUGAGCUGAAACAGUCUGAGCAGGAAAUGGCCUAAAACGGGCUGUGACCCUGCUGAGUCUGAUAUCCCUCCACCAGUCCCGCAUUUGUCAAGUGUCCUGAUUUUUUUUGGCAACGGGGAAAGGGCUGAUUUCUGAAAAUUAUAAAUCAAUACCUGACAAUUUCUCAUCUUGUAAAUCCAA